AUGAUUAUUGGAGGAAGGUUUCAGCUCGAAGACAAACUCGGAAGUGGCUCGUUCGCCAACGUUUAUUGCGCAAUUGACACAAAAACCAAUGAAAAAGUUGCUGUAAAACUAGAACACCCAAAUGGAGACCAAACAAAGACAUGCUCUGAGACCAGCUUUUUGGCAACUUUGUCAAACAGUUCGUAUUUUCCGAAAUUAAUAUGGCAAGGAAAGCACAAUAAUUCACGUGUGAUGGUUACAGAUCUUCUUGGCCCAUCACUUUUUGCAGAAUAUAUAAAAAGAAAUCGUUUCACAAAUACGGAAAUUUCAUCCAUAGGGGCUCAGAUGGUAUCCGCAUUGGAAACCGUCCAUGACUUGGGGAUUAUACAUAGAGAUAUUAAGCCAGACAACAUUCUAAUUGACCCUGUACAUGGGAUUGAGAAGGUUUACCUCAUAGACUUCGGCAUUGCGAAGCGUUUUGCUGACCCAAUUUCCAAGCAGCAAAUUCCUUUUCGAGAUGAUAAUGAAUUUUCAGGCAAUUUUAUGUUUGCCUCAAAGAACGUGGUGGUUGGAUGCGUAUCUUCACACAACGACUAUUUCAUAACGACUAUUUUGUUUUGGCCUAUUUUUUUUUGGCCUAUUUUUUUUUUGGCCUAUUUUUUUUUGGCCUAUUUUAUUUUGGCCUAUUUUUUUUUGGCCUAUUUUUUUUUGGCCUAUUUUUUUUUGGCCUAUUUUUUUUUGGCCUAUUUUUUUUUGGCCUAUUUUUUUGGCCUUUUUUUUGACAAUUUUUUAACUAUUUUUACUAAUAUUUGGGCAUAAUUCCAUACUAAUUGUUUUAAUCUAAUUUUUAAUGUGUUUUAAACGAUUUAACCAACAAAAAAUGCACCCUUAACAGAUUUCUUACUCCAUGAAUACUAAUUCAUUGCUUUUAAAAUUUCGAGAAUUUUAGGUUUAAUUAGGAGUUUUUAACUUAAUUUACUCAAUAUUAAUCGCGUAAGGAAAGGUCUCUGUUUCUCAAUAAGGUUGUAGUCCUCUCAGUAGCUUCAUGAAUGAGGCUAGGCAAAAAAAAUAGGCCAAAAAAAAAAUAGGCCAAAAAAAAUAGGCCAAAAAAAAAUAGGCCAAAAAAAAAUAGACCAAAAAAAAAUAGGCCAAAAAAAAUAGGCCAAAAAAAAUAAGCUAAAAAAAAAUAGCCCAAAAAAAAAUAGGCCCAAAAAAAAAUAGGCCAAAAAAAAUAGGUGAAAAAAACAUAGGCAAAAAAAAAUAGUCGUUAUGAAAUAGUCGUCGUGUGAAGGAACCGGUUGGAUGCACUCCAAGCAGAAGGGAUGAUUUAGAAUCCUUGACUUACACAUUAAUUUUUUUGCUGACUGGGAAUCUCCCGUGGUGUAAGAAGAGAUCUAACUCUGAGUCAAUCAGAGAACGACGCCAAUCAGGUAUUCUUUCAGACAAUUUUGUUGGAAUACCAGAAGAGCUAUCAAAUAUUGUAACAUAUUGCCAGAAUUUAAAAUAUCAUGAAAGACCAAAUUAUGGCUACAUAUUAUCGCAGCUAAACGAGCUAUCAAAGAAAGAAGACUUCUAUAUUAGGUCUUCUAAUAGAAGAAGAGACAUAAUUCCUCUUGAAACGGAGUUCAGAUCAAGAAUUGCACAAAAAAGAAGUAAAAGUGCUAACCAUAAAGGGAAAUUGAAUGCUAAAAAUAAUAUAGUGAGAGGACAGUCUAAUGUUGACAUUGAUAAUAAUCCAACGAUUGAUGGAUCAUCACCAAGAAUCACCCCAGAAACGAGGAAAAGAAUUUUGGGUUUGAGAAAAGACUCUGGCGACAACAUAUCUUUGAAGUAUAUGGCUAUGCUAUGCAAUAAUUAA